CAGAGCGCGGCGAUUGGCUGCGGCCCGGGGCGGCUCGGGGCGGGCGCAGGCGCGGUGCUGUUAUUGUUCCGUUGUGCCGCCCGGCGGGUGUCUUGCGCCCGGUGUUGCUCUCGCCCGCGCCGCCGCCAUGCCGAUCAACAAGGCUGAGAAGCCGGACAAGCCAGAGAGCUGUGACAAUGUCAAGGUUGUCGUUCGGUGCCGGCCUCUUAAUGAACGAGAGAAAGCUACGGGCUACAAAAUGGCAGUCAACGUGGAUGAAAUGAGAGGAACUAUAACUGUGCAUAAAACAGACUCAUCCAAUGAGCCCCCCAAGACGUUUACAUUUGACACAGUGUUUGGACCAGAGAGUAAACAGCUGGAUGUCUAUAAUUUAACUGCAAGACCUAUUAUCGAUUCUGUCCUGGAAGGAUACAAUGGUACUAUUUUUGCAUAUGGGCAGACUGGAACAGGCAAAACCUUCACUAUGGAAGGGGUCCGAGCAGUUCCUGAGCUUAGAGGCAUCAUUCCCAAUUCCUUUGCCCAUAUAUUUGGUCACAUUGCCAAAGCAGAGGGGGAUACAAGGUUUUUAGUUCGUGUGUCUUACCUGGAAAUUUACAAUGAAGAAGUGCGGGACCUGCUAGGAAAAGACCAGACACAGCGAUUAGAGGUUAAAGAGAGACCUGACGUGGGAGUUUAUAUCAAAGACCUUUCAGCUUAUGUUGUGAACAAUGCAGACGAUAUGGACAGAAUCAUGACUCUGGGCCACAAGAACCGUUCUGUUGGUGCCACAAACAUGAACGAGCACAGCUCUCGUUCGCACGCCAUCUUCACUAUCACCAUUGAGUGCAGCGAGAAGGGGGUGGAUGGAAACAUGCACGUGCGCAUGGGCAAGCUGCACCUUGUGGAUCUUGCUGGUUCUGAAAGACAAGCGAAAACUGGAGCCACGGGGCAGCGACUAAAGGAAGCCACCAAGAUCAACCUCUCUCUUUCCACGCUGGGGAACGUUAUCUCUGCGCUGGUGGAUGGCAAGAGCACCCAUGUGCCCUACCGUAACUCCAAACUGACACGGCUCCUGCAGGAUUCUCUGGGGGGCAAUUCCAAAACCAUGAUGUGUGCAAACAUUGGACCAGCAGACUACAACUACGAUGAGACUAUCAGCACCCUCAGGUACGCAAACCGAGCCAAGAACAUAAAGAACAAGGCCAGGAUUAAUGAAGAUCCCAAGGAUGCUCUGCUCCGCCAGUUUCAAAAAGAGAUUGAAGAGCUUAAGAAAAAACUGGAAGAAGGGGAAGAGAUAUCUGGUUCUGAGACCAGCGAUUCUGAAGAGGAGGAUGAAGACGAUGAUGGGGAGAUUGGAGAGGAUGGAGAGAAGCGGAAGAGACGGCGGGGCAGUAGCAGCAGCAGUAGUUCAGACUCCACAUGCUCUGUCAUAGAGAAACCUCUGGAUAAGUCCUUCACUAAUCAAGCAGGCAAAAAGAAAGUUUCCCCUGACAAGAUGGUAGAGAUGCAAGCAAAGAUAGAAGAGGAGAGAAAAGCUCUUGAAACGAAGCUUGAUAUGGAAGAAGAAGAAAGAAAUAAAGCCAGAGCUGAACUGGAGAAGAGAGAAAAAGACUUGCUUAAAGCCCAACAAGAGCACCAGUCCCUGUUGGAGAAACUGUCCGCACUGGAGAAGAAAGUGAUUGUAGGAGGAGUGGACUUGCUGGCAAAAGCAGAGGAGCAAGAGAAGCUUCUCGAAGAAUCAAAUAUGGAACUGGAAGAAAGAAGGAAGAGAGCAGAACAGCUUCGCAAGGAGCUCGAGGAGAAGGAGCAAGAACGCUUGGACAUUGAGGAGAAGUACACCAGCCUCCAGGAAGAAGCACAGGGGAAAACCAAGAAGCUGAAGAAAGUUUGGACCAUGCUUAUGGCUGCAAAAUCAGAGAUGGCAGAUCUGCAACAAGAGCAUCAGAGGGAGAUUGAGGGACUACUGGAGAAUAUUCGGCAGCUGAGCAGGGAGCUUCGCCUCCAGAUGCUGAUCAUAGACAACUUCAUUCCUCAGGACUACCAGGAAAUGAUUGAAAACUAUGUUCACUGGAACGAAGACAUUGGCGAAUGGCAACUGAAAUGCGUUGCCUAUACGGGAAACAAUAUGAGGAAACAGACGCCUGUCCUGGAUAAAAAAGAAAAAGAUCCCUUCGAAGUGGACCUUUCCCACGUUUACUUGGCUUACACUGAGGAAAGCUUGAGGCAAUCUCUGAUGAAGCUGGAGAGGCCGAGGACUUCGAAAGGAAGGUCCAGGCCCAAGACGGGUAGAAGAAAACGCUCGGCAAAGCCAGGAGCUGUCAUUGACUCUCUGCUGCAGUAGGUGUGACCUGUUCAGAAUUGCCGUAAAAAUCAGUGAGUGUGUAAGAUUUGGCCAGAAUGUGGGAUUUGGGAGAUGACACAUAAAAUGGCUAUAAAAUCCAUGCCUUGCUGGGAUGGAUCUUCAUUUAAAAAAAAAAAGUAUUUUUCCUUAGUUGCCCGUAUAUUGUAUGUUAUAUUAACAUAAUAUUAAACUGGUAUAUAUGAUGGUUGUGAAAUUCCACGUGUUAAAUGUGUUGUGCAGGGAAGCUAUUGUUGGCAAUCCUUGUUGAAAUGUAUAGAAAAUAAGGGUUCUAGAUGUGUUUAAGCGCUAGGCAUGUUAGCUCAAAACGGUUGAUGAAACCCUAGAAUUUAAGGCUGGUGAAUCUGAUGUGUGCCCUGCUUUGCACAUAACCGGCAGCUUUCACUGUUGUCCUCUGUUGCGCUGAUCCGUGCUUGAAUGUGGUCACUGCAAACCUCUGAAUUAAGAGCAUCCAACCCUUUUAUUUCACUAUUCCUCCCUGUGGCUGCAAACCUGAUGGGUUUGUGUGUCAGAUCCACAGUCCUUUUCCCUUCCCUCGCUGUCCGGCUGUACCAGGGAAGUACUUGGCUUGGGGAAACGUGAACUGGAAGCACCUGAGUCGGGCGGGAGGGACCGUGCUCUGCGUAAGCGCAACAGAAAACAAGUGUGUCCAGGGAGCGCUUUCAUUUGUGUCUGUUGCGUGUGAUCUGCUGGCACUGUGCACAGUGAGGCCUUUGAUGCAAAGGCGGCUGUGUUGCAGCGUUGCUUUGGCUGCUGCUUAUGCUUCUGAGCUGGUAUUUUUUUAAAUGUAUGAGUUGUUUUGUAAUCUGAACAGCAGAGAUGAUUUAAGGGCGAUGCUGUAAUGACUUGGUGUCACUGUGAGCAUUGUGGCUCUGUUUUCUCGUCCCUGCCUACCAGGGCACUGGACCGGUGCUCCAAGCUGAGGAUGAACUGGACACUGUAUUGAAACAGGUGUGAACUGCCCAGUUUUCCCAGAACAGAAACAACAGUUUCCCCCGAAACAGUCGGUGCUGUUGGUGUUGCUGUGCAGACUCUGUAUCUCGGGUCUCUGGCUUAUGCUCGGAGAGCAAAAAAUUCUGGUCUCUCAUAAUAACCAUUUAUUUGUGGUGGCUGCUAGUUUGCUUUGAUAUUUAUGCUGCUAAUAGACACAUAUCACUUUAAUAUGUUGCUUUUGUGUCACAGAAAAUGUCUCCUUUGGAUUGCGUGUGCUUUAUAACUCGUCAGCUGCAGGCACCUGAACAGCUCCCGUGCCAGGGCCUUGGUAAUCGGCUGUAACUCCCGUGUCAUCUUCAUGUUAACUACAGGUUUACAGUUACUACUGGGAGAAGCGGAGUCCGUAAGCCUGGCGGGACAGACAGCCCCUUCGGUGCCCUCGGUUCUCGCUGGUAGCCAUGUUUGCAAUUACCACGGUGUUCUUGUGAAGCACUUAGAGUAGUUAGAAGUCGAUAACCCUGUCUUACUGUCGUGAUGCUGAACUGGACGUACCUUGUGACUCUGACAGGAUCUGUAACAGUUAAAACUGGUCUUGUAUGGCCACGUUUUCUCUGGAGAUACAUUCUGUGCUAUUUGAAAGGAGCUGUAAGCUUUUCCCUGUGUUUUUAAAUGUGUUUUUCAGGAUCAUGACCUAGAAGAACAUACCGCCCUCUAUUAGGGUGGGCAGGGAGGCCACACAAGAUCUGGCUUUGUCACCUGAGGCCAGAGAAGGCACAGAUAGCAACACUCCAGCCCAGCAGUUCAAGGUGUUAGGGAACAAACUUCCCUGCCAAGGGGUGAAUACUCAGAAUGUUUGUUGUGCGUAGUUGGUUUUACUCUUGCAGAGCCGACCUGACUUGGAAUGUGCUUGGAUACAGUCGGAUUAUCUUGUGGUUUGUAUUUGUCAAACAAGACAGACCGGAAAUGGUUUAAAUGCUGUUUUAUCUUAGGCCUGCUGUCAGUUCUUGGUCCAAGCAAGGCCUGUCCUAGUUCUCAGACCAGGGAUAACUGUUGUUUCCCUUUUGUGUUCUGUUGUGCUGAGAUUUGUUGAAUGAUCUGUUUUUAAGGGAGUUUCUCCUGAACUGUGUUAUCAGAAAGACCACUGGGAAAUCUUUUACCUGGCAGACAACAGUGGCUCAAAGAUCCCACUGUGAGCCAUGGCACCGCAUUUAAAAGUGAUGAAAACUCAGCUGUAAAGGCACAUGCUUUAUGAUUUAAUGUUACAGUCCUGUUGCUGAAAACAAUAGUACUCUACAAAUUUAAGUGAGCCCUGGAGUGGAGGAAACACUGAAUUGCCUGCACACCUUUGUGGUUGGCAGGUUGGAGAAACUGGCUGUAACCAUCUGUUAGAGGGGCUUGGAGAACAAUUCCCUGCUCUUACAAGAGGAGAUGGUUUGCAGUGGCACAGUGGUCUCAGCUUGGCUUGCCUUUAAACGCUGUUUUGUCCAAGUUCUGUUUUACAGCCGGGGCUCUGCCUUGCAGGUUCCUUUACUAUAUGGGCCCUCUCUGUAGCCCUGGACAACACGUCGAAUGGGCCCGUAACAUGUUUCAGUGAGGAAGAGGGUUGGUUUUGUGGGUUUUUUUAAGAGCUUAAUACAGCCAUUCUCAUCCCAGGUCAGUACGAGCUCUAAAGUAUUUAUCAAAAAUCAUAUUACUGUACUAUAGAUCUUGUGUGUGCUCAUCUGUGCAUCUUGCUACAGGAAGAUUCCCCUCAUUCCAGAACAUGGACCUUAACAUUGAGGUUUUUGACACUUUAUGUUGUUUAAUGUUGUGUAAAUGAAUUGUUUUAUAUUUAACUUGUUCCUGAUCCUUUCUUUAAGAGGAGGGGAAAUGGUCCUUAGUGCCUUUCACUGACUACACUGUCUGCACGUGUCCAGCUUUCACCUUUCUCCACAGUUCUGCUUAGCUGGUCCUGUAUAUAAGAAACUGCUAGUCUGUCUGUGGUUGGUCUUCCUAUUUAUUGGUUUUUUAGCUCUGUUUAUUUCUGAUUAAUCUUUGUUUCACGAUUAAACUUUAUUCAUUACACUGUGUAUAUCAGUAUUGUGUCCCUGGAGCAUGUUCAUACCAUGAAAUAAAAUUCUUGAUUCCUAGUUCCA